AUGAAACAAAAAAUCAAAGAGUUUUUACAAUUGGAUCUACAGAGCUUAAAAUCUGUUAAAGAAUCAUCAGCUCCAUCAAGAAUAGUUAAUGUUAGCAGUAUGGCUCAUAAACAUGCACCUAAGGGUGAAAUAGAAUUUGAUAAAAUAAAUGAUCCAGAUGCUCAAGCACCAAAUAGUACAUUAUAG